GAGGUUGCGUCGCGCGAGAGCAAGCAGGCAAGGGCCCCAUCAAGACUUCAGACAAUCGCCAUGUCUCCCGCCGACAAGAAAAGGACCGGUAAGACGCGCUCUGCGCUCUCCGACGUCGUCACCCGCGAAUACACCGUCCACUUGCACAAGCGCGUACACGGUGCUUCGUUCAAGAAGCGGUCACCCAAGGCGGUGAAGGCGGUUGUCGAGUUCGCACAAAAGGCGAUGGGCACGACUGACGUGCGCAUCGACCCGAAGCUCAACCAGGCGAUCUGGUCUCGCGGUAUCAAGAGCGUGCCGCACCGUAUCCGCGUCAAGCUUGAGCGCAAGCGCAACGACGACGAGAACGCAAAGGAGAAGUUGUACACCUACGCCUCCCACGUCGAGGUCCCCUCCUUCAAGGGUCUCGAGACCGUUGUCGUCGACACCGAGUAGGCGCCUCGCCUCCCUUGGCCAUCCUUCACGCUCCCGCGCUGUGCCGCUGGCGUGACGCAUGUACUUUCUCCUCCUUUACAUAUCACACCAAGCAUGUAUGCCUGACUGACACUAUGAUUAUGCGCAUGGGCAAACCACGGAGUGUAACUUUCGCUUCUACUACAUCAAGGUUGGACGCCUGCUCGUCUGCACUUGCUC